AUGCUGACACCAGGCUGCCCGAACGUCACCCGCACGUUCUACCCCUUCGGCGACACCCCCGCGGUUUGCCUGACGGAGAACAUCCCGCCGGACAAAAAGGGCGAAGAGGGGCCAGUCAACAUCCUGCUUCUCGGGUCCGGCGACAUUCGAAAUGUGCUCUUCACAGCGCACAUGGACAAAACGCGCCAGUUGGAUAUCACUUGUUGUGAUGUCGAUCGGUUGGUGAUCGCGCGCAACAUCCUCCUCCUCACCCUGCUCAUCGACCCUGACUUCGACCUCGACCCCUCCUCCCCUUACUCCCCAAGCUUACCUCACCCCCCGCCCACGUCUGAUGACCUCUUCGCCAUUUACUACCACCAACACCUUAGCGAAAACCUCAGCUCUCUCGUCCGUUCGCAAGCCAUGAGGCUGCGCCUUGUUGGCUCAACGAUGUCAACAUGGAACGCAAGUCCUUACGGUCGGGGCCGGGGCUUCCAACCCUAUCCUUCCAUGUCAUCGAAGAGCGACAACAGCGGCAAGAAGGGAAAGAGAAAAGGAAAGGGAAAACAGAAGGGCAAAGAGCCUGAGGCACAGGAAGAUUACACACCCAAACAGCCCAACCCCAUCGGAGAUGUCAAUCCACGCAACCCCACAAGCGGCAUCCGCUUCACGGACUCAGGCACUCUAAAGCUGCUCACACAAAUCUGGGACGCCUGGUUCUGUCGUCCCGAAUCCGCCCAGCAAGAGGCUUUGUCAGAUGGCCUUUUCAAGCGCGUCGGCGCCGCUGUGCUUAAAAGGGAGGAGGAAGAAGUGGGAGUCGCGUACGCCGCUACGAGAGCGGCGGCGUGCUCGUUCAGGGCUGCGAUGCCGGUAGGCUUGGAGGCGACUCUUCAUGCGACGAUGUCAAAUGAACAUUUCUGGAGGUUGGGGGUGACGACAGGUUCGGAGGAGUGGAGGGAUGAGGAUGAGGAUACAGACGAGAGCACGGAUACGGAUUCUGAUUUGGAGGACAACAUAAAGCAGGGAAAGGGGAAAGAAAAGGAGAAAGUGCCCUCGCAAGAAUCCUGGAAACAGGCUGAGGAAAGACGAAAAAAGACGGCAAAGAGAAGGGUGGACACGAUCCAACGCCGAGAGGUGAUCAACCCCCUCUUCACCACUCCCUCCCCUGGCGUCCUCAUCGACCAUUCUUCCGACCCUCUCCAAGGAUUCCACCUCGCACCGGCCUACCUUCCCAUUGUCGGUCAGCCACCCCCAAAGCAAGGAACCUCGCAACUGGAACGACUCGUCGACGUCGCCAAGCAAGAGUUCGCCGACUGGUGCGACUCCUUUCGCCGUGCUUGGCGCGAAGGCCGCAUCACCCUCCGUUUCUUCGUCGGUGAUGCGCUCGCUUUUGCGCACACCCUUCAGCACCACAAGGCAGUUGCCCUUGGAAAUCCCAUGGAUCCGGCUUUUGGCAAUUGGUAUCGCUUCCGGGAUUCGUUUGAUCCUCUGAUCCUCGACAGCGACGAUUACAGGCCAGUGCCGAGCGAGUCGCAUAGGUGUCAAGCGCCUGUGUCGUUUCACGUCAUUGACACGUCCUCUCUGGCCGACGAUCUCGGGGCGCUGAACGUGCUCAUCGCGACCUCUCCCCUCCUCGAAAACCGGCUGGCCUCCACGCUGUACACCGAGCACACACUUCCCCUGCCUCGGUCCUCGACCAGCAACGAUGCGAGGCUGGGACCGAAAACCCCACAGGAGGUAGCAAACACUCUUCUCCAUGGCGAUCUUCUCACAAUGUCCCUCCUCCUUGGUCUCUCACCAGUAGACUACUACACCAACACUUAUCCCUCUGCUCCGCCACCCACUUUCUCUUCCCCUCAUUCUACCCCUCCCCCAGCACCACCCACUCUCCUAACACCGAGUCCUCCCCCUCCUCCCCCUUCUGGUGCCUCCCCCGCGCCCUCCCCAACUCCAAUCCCCACUCCAGCCACAGUUGCACAGUAUUUCAACCAGCGCCUAACGUGGAAGCGCCCCGUCUACCACCAGCCCACCGACGGCAGCGGCAGGGACUGGACCAUCAGCAACAGCAACAACACCUGGCCGGGCCCAACCCCCUCUCUGCGUGAGGCGCAGGAAGAAUUUGCGAGGGAGACCGAGAACUUUGAGAAGUCGACAAGGGAGAUCUAUCAGCAUUUGAUGGAUCUGGAGGCAGAGGAGUGGGAAGAAGAAGAACAGAGGGAACAAGGAAAAGGAAAAGCGAAGGGGAAGAAGAAAUCUCAGAAGAAGACCACCGCCAAGGCAAAGAUCCCAGAGCCACUCCGCAACAUGCCGCCGGAAGUACGGGAGGAAUUGCUCGAAGCCAGGGAGUUUCAGAAAGCAGCACUCAAAGAACUGGAGCUCAAGAUUCAGGGCGAAAUCCGCAACCAGAGGCAGAGGUGGGAAAAGGAGCGGACGGAGAUGCCACUGCGCAAGAUCCGGUUCCAAGCUGAAGAGCUUGUGGAGUUUUUGAUGAAAGUUUACUCAAGGAUGUAUGAGUCAAGGUACUUGUUUGAGCGGAAGAACGAUGGCGAUGGCAAUGGCGCUGGUGAUCCAGGUGCUGAAGGAAAUGCUCACAAACGUGGAGUGGGCUUCAGGCUGUUGAGUUCGAGGACAUGUAAUCGGGCGACUUUUGCGUCGCUUUUGAAGAUCAUUCAGGACCGAGUGGUAAUCAUCGGCGAGCCACUGCCAAACUCUGAUCCGUCUGAGACUGAGUCCAUGGGGCCGAUGGAUUUCUCGGUUCUGGACGAAAUCUGGAAGACGUCGUCCGAGCCCGACACAGAUUCGGUCAAUGCCGAGAUCAGCGAAAUCCUCGCAGCGACCAUUGAAGCCUGUCGUUCUUCUCCCGAUCCAUCCACUUCCACCAACUCGGUGCCAGCAACCGCAGACGGCGACGACGGCCAUGACGACAGCGCCGCAACUUCCAACUCCGACCGCGACGCCAACUUCAAUCCCGAUGGAUCAGACCCCUACGAGCCUCCCUCCUCCCCCAUUCCCACCCUUGUUCCCUACUACCACUUCUCAGACUUAUCCGAUAGCGACUCGGAUUCGUCUUCCCCAUCCACCAUCAUCGCCCCCUCAGCCGUCCCUGUCUCCCCAGUUUUCUCCUCACCCUCGCGCCAGACCACCGCCUGGCACCGCACGCUGCAAGCCAUGCUUGAAGAACUCAAGCACUCCCUCGUCAACUAUGUCGAAACCCAAGGAUCCUUCGAUCAGGAGCUCUCCACCAUCCUCCACCAUUUUGGUGCCUACUCCUCCCCCGAGCACGCCAUCACUGACCCCGACGGCCUGAUCAAACCGAGAGUGUACAACCUCGCCCACGAGGCAAUCCCCAGUGCAAGCAAGCACAACACAUGUCUUUACAACUGGGUUAAUAUUCCAAGCUCUCUCGCCGUCACGGUCCGGAUCCCCCGCAACACACUUGUCGCUUUGCAAACCAUCAUGAUGAGUUUGGAGACGGGUUUGCACAUCUUGGAACCCGAGACAACUGUUAGAGGAAGGGGCAGGAGAAAGAUCAAGCCGGCGUACGUCCCGGCUUUGCAGGCUUGCAUCCGUCCUACGCAUGACCACGAAGGUAAACCUGUCGCCAACAUGCCUGGCCACUUGUUUACUUCUCUGCAGACGGGGUUUGGUGAGCUCGAGAUCAAAGGACGGCAUUUUACGCCUCGGUUCAGGCUCAACAUCGAGACAGAUCCCCUUGGGUGGGAGGGGCAGAGCGAUUUGUUCGUCAGCUUCAUGGUUCCUACCAGCAUCUUGAUGAGGGACGCAGUGACGGGGUUGGUGACUGUUGAAGUUGUGCCUACGAUUGGCCCAGAUGUUGCGCGGCGGAACGAACUUUCUUUCCUGGCGACGGGAACUCUGAAGAUGGACCUGAAGAUCUUUGAGGCUAAUUUGGGUUUCGAUCCAUCUGAGCCUGUGCCUUCCGCGCUCAAGACGAUGAUGACGGCCAAGAUGGACGACAACCACCAACACAUCAGUUCGAUAAGCACUCGAAUUACCUUCCUCACCGACCGUCUCCUGGACAGACUGGCAAACAGGGAAUGCAAAGUCCGCUCGGUGGCGGUCACCCCUUGCUCUUACCACCUCAUCAUCUCCAAAGACCCCACCGCUUCUUUCUUCUCCCACGGCCCCAAGUCCUCCCACUUGUGUCCUUUGAAAUUCCUCAUCGACGUUCCGCUUCCCACCAACCAUGAAAUGCGACGAACCCGCCCUUGUCGGUCCAAAGGCUUCAUCGACCUAGUAACUCCGGUCGACCCCUUCGCUUGGAGGACCUUCUUUACCCCAUCCUUCCUUCAUCCCGUCCACUUGGAGCCAGGCACUCAAACCCCAAUGAACUGGUCCCUCCCAUAUUUACAUUCCUCCUAUUUAUCUUCUUUGUCAUCCCCCUCGUCGUCUUCUGGUAAUCCUCUCGACACCCUCCCCCGACUCUCUCAAUCCGGCUCUCUCAUCGGCUGCCUCCCGGACCCUCACCUCCGCAGCACUGACCGCUUCUGCCUCUGGUGGUUGCAGCUGCAAACCUACCAGCACCAGUUAUCCAUACGCGAAGCCUCAAUUCAUUCGCAACUCUCUCAGCACGCUGACCCAGUCCCGAAAAGCGCUUCUCCCGAGGACGAGGACAAGCAGCUCAAGGAAAAGGACAAGCAGCUUACUGAUGCUCUAAAUCGGUAUCUGAACACAGCCGGUGAGCAUUCCAGGUUCGAGUUAAGAAUGUCCCUGUCCGUGCUGUUUGACGUAGCGGCCGGGAUACUGAGGCCGAAGUCAUUCUGGAGGCACAUGGAUUUAAGUCUCAGGCCGACGGCACGGGAGGAUCAAGAGUGGAGGAGUGUGUUUGCGGUGUGCGACCUUGUUCCCAGCCGGAAGCCGCCGGACUGCACUUGCCAUGAUAAAUGUCUUGACUGCGGCAAGGGAAUGGGCAGCGGCAGCGGGAGCGGCACCGGCACCGGCACCGGCAGUUGGGUCAGCUGGGAUGCUGCCACCGGUAAUCAACAUGAACAUUCUCGCACUGGGACGAGACGAAUCCUCAUCUUCAUUGCGAAAGACGGCAUCUGUCUGGACUUGGCUCAUGGGACGGUGAUACUGGACACCGCUGUGCUGGUGAUCACCAAGGAGUUGCGCCAGAGCUUGCCCAGAUUCUUGACUGACGGGAGCAUCGAGCCGCCGAUGCCUAUUUAUUCUCAAGGGGUGAUGUCCCAGACGAUGAGAACAUGGAAGGAGGUUUUACCUGCUUUUGCUGAGCGGUGUCGCGGCCAGACAUGGGAGCAUGGACCGGCUUGCGAGUACAAGGCGAAGCAGAGGGUACCGGUGGCGACCAACUUUCAUAAGGAUGAUCCGGUGUUUUGCUCGUGUAGCAUGGGUAAACUGCCUGAGAGUUGGUCAGUGCGUGAAGACUAUCCAGUUCCACAAUGGAAGGAGAUCCGGCCGCAUCUUGUUAGGGCGGCGAUCAGUUUACCGUUUGGAUGUCCAGGGCUUGGAGAACCGUAUCAACACCCGAUGAGCUGGCAUCCUCUUCUCCAUCCUCAUACUGGUCCCGUUACAGGUGUGACUCCUGGCCUUGCCGUGGUGGAGUCGGCGGCAGGUACGGGUCCGAGUGCGGUUUCAACUUCGGCAGCAGCUCCGGCCAGAGCUCCGGUUUCGACUCCGGCUCCGGCUACAACCGGCAUUAGCCAGCCUCCAGCUGCGAAAAGGAUCCGAACCAACCCCACAAGGUCAGCUCCGGCCUCCGCUCCGGCUCGAACGGCGGCUCCAACUGGCACUCGCUCGACACUGUCCACGAAAGGACUCGAAAUACGGCCUCCGAAACCAGCCUCGACUUCAGCUCCGGUUACGGCUUCAACUGGCACUGGCUUGACUCAAGCUCAGACUCGAGCUGAGUUGUUUCAAGCCAAGUUUCAAGCUGAGAUUGCUCGAGCUCGGACUCAAGCCCAGACUCAAACUCUGGCGGCUAAAGCCGCUAGUUUGGCUCUGAAUCCGAAGCGGCCUUCAACCUCAGGUCCAACUUCUGUUCAAGCCCCGCCUCCUGCUAGCACCAAGUCGGCUUCAGCUAAUGCCAGAUCUGUACCCGCCACGGCAACCACGACGCCCACUGUAAGGCACAGGUGCAAUUUUUGCAAUGAGCCAAAGAAUAGAGAGAAUGGAGGCGAGUUGAAUCAGUGCUCCAAGUGCAAGAAAGCACGGUAUUGUUCGAGGGAGUGUCAGAUGGUGGAUUGGAAGAGACAUAAGAAGGAAUGUGAUGUUGGUGCUGGUGCUGGUGCUGUGAAUGGCAAGGAGAAAGAGAAGGGAAAUGAGAAGCAGAAGGACGAGAAGAAGGGAAAAUGA